AUGUUGCGUUGGUAUCAAGCUAAAUUGGCCAAGAGGCCCAUAUUGACUGCCAGUCUUAGCAGUGGGAUCCUAUUUGGCAGCGGCGAUGUCCUUGCCCAGCAGGCUGUUGACCACAGAGGUCUAGAGAAGCAUGAUUUUGCCCGGACUGGUCGCAUGGCUCUAUAUGGUGGAGCUGUCUUUGGUCCCGUUGCUACUGCUUGGUACCGUAUUCUUCAGCGCCAUAUCGUUUUGAAGAGUACUCUCGGUACUGCAGCUGCUCGAGUAGCUGCGGAUCAAAUCGUCUUUGCUCCUACUCAGUUGACCGUUUUCUUGUCUGCAAUGGCUAUUAUGGAAGGCUCAGACCCAAUUGAGAAAUGGCGUCAUUCUUUUGUCCCUAGCUACAAGGCCAACUUGCUAGUCUGGCCUUUUGUACAGGCAGUCAACUUCACAUUUGUGCCUCUGGAACUACGGGUUUUGGUGGUCAACCUGGUCAGCUUAGGCUGGAACUGCUUCCUCAGUCUGUUGAACAGUGGUGAACAGUAA